AUGCAGUUACUCCACGACACGUCGUCGGCCUGGACCAGCUCCGGGCUCCGGGAGAGUGCCACGGCGGGAGGCUGGCAAUCGGGACAGAAGACCGAUUCUAUCCUUGAGGGCACCACCUCUUCGGUUCCAGUGGUUACGGAUCUACCCUCUGAAAGCCCUGAUACCCUCGUCACUUCCCAUGCCUCUACUGGCAAUCAAUCAACACAGAGCCUAAACAUCUUGCCCGAAGAGGAAGCAUAUCUGGCCGAUGAGCACUUCAAAUCCAUUAAUAAAGCCAUACCACUGUUCUCCGAGGCCACAGCAUCAAGCAGCAAAGAUAUUCUAUCAACAUGUAACCCUGAACUCGCCGAAGCUCUGCUCCUCAUCACCGCCAAACUCCUCGGCUUCAAAUUCGCAUCCCCUCAUUUUGACCUUGACGGCCGUAUAGACCUAAUCCUAAGCAACACAACGCUUCAAGAGGAUACGGCCGGUGACUUUCCAAGUCUCGACCUCUUCCGCAAGUUCUGCUUGCUCGUCCUUUAUGAAUUCCACCAAUUCCCUGGCCAGCAAGCCUGGGUGCGAAUAGGAAAGAUUGUCCGGCUUGCGUAUUGGAUGGGUCUUGACCGUUUAGACAUAAUCCAAUCUGUCUCCCCAGAAUGGUCCAAUGUGAGCGAUGCGGAUCUUCAGAACUGGAAACUUGUCUGGUGGUGUGUAUACCGUCUUGACUCGUACGCCAACCUCUCAUCUGGAACACCAUACCAAGUUGAUGAACGACUUGUCAAUACAUCUCUAAAUCACCAUAGUCAGCUUUCUCAAGGUCUCGUUGCCCCAUGCAGGUUACCUCACGAUCCGCGUGGCCUUCCCGACCUUCUCUUGUAUGUCAAAACCGGUAGCGAAAGCAGCUUACUUUUCAACAUCCAUCUCAUCACCGUCACUGUCUUACGGCAGUUUGGAAGAGCAAUGACUAUGCGCUACUUGGUUCCUCACAAAAUCCUCACGGCAAACUUACUUGACUCGAAACAAGGGGAUGAUUGGACACUUAGCUGGCAACGCGUUCUAGAAACCUGUCAGAACAUAGCGGGGGUAGCAGAGAAGUGGGACAGUAAUUACACUCUCACCGUGGACCCAGCACUUUCGUUCAUCAGCUUGACGACGCUUGUCUUCUUGGAUAUUCACAAGAAGUAUACGGAAACAAACAUCAGCUCAUUGGAAGCUUCCAAGUUUAUUAAUCUUGUCGUUCAAGAGCUUUAA